AUGGGAUGGAUUAGAAUUUGGGAUUAAUAAGAAAAUUGUUAUAGUCGUAAGAUAUUAAGCAGAUCAAUUAAUGAUAUUGCUAUUUCUUAAGAUUUAAAUUGGCUUGCCUAUAGUGAAGAAAGUGAUCCAGUUUAAGAAACUUAAGAUUAUAUUAAUUAUGUAUAAGAUCCAAAAGUUUGGGUAGUAAAUUUAAAACAUAAUGCAAAAUAAUUUAGAUUGGAAGAAAAAACUAAUUUUAUUAAUUGUUUAAAAUUUACAUAAUCAAAUUUAUUAGUAAGUUCUAGUAAAGACUUAAAUAUUCGAAUUUGGAGUGUAAGUAAUAGGAAACUAUUGUAGAGAAUUCCAUGUUAUCAUGAAAUUGUUCAUUUAUCAAUUCAUCAUCUGGAAUAUUUUCUUGGAGCGAUUAGUAAAUUAUUUUGUAUCAUUCAUAUAUAUUAUACAAAAAAUGGUAAACUUAAACAAUUUUGGAAAACCAAUCUAUUAAGUAGCAUAUCAAUUUCAUUCUCAUAUAGUGGCCAUAUGUUAUUGACUGAAGGAUUAAAUGAUAAAAAUAGAUAGAUUUAUUAAUUAUGGAAUAUAUAAACAAAAAAAAUGCUUAGAACUUUUAAAGGAUCAUUGAAUUCAAUUAAAAUAGCAUAAUUUUCUUAAAAUGAUUAAUAAUUGGUUAUUAAAAAUAAUGAUAAUAAAAUUGCAUUUGUUGAUAUUUCAAAAGGUGAAGAAAUUAAAAUUUAUGAAAAAGUUGAAGCAGACGCCUAAAUUUGUUUUUCUCGUGAUUGUAAAACUAUGGUGUGCGAUGAUUUAUGGUAAAGAGUUUUUGUAUAUACUAUGUGA